AUGCCUUCUCAAGCUGUUAAACGCAUCAGCAUCCGCUGGCAUCCUGAACCAGCAUACGAGGAUACCGACACAAUCGCCCUCAAUGUCGGCGGCUACUUCAUCGACUUACGAGUCACGAGAGAAGAUCAAACCAUACAAUGGAGCCGCGCCGGGGAACGCAUCAUGUUGAAACAAUCUCCCCCAACUUUUCGGUGGACGCACAUCAUUGAUUCGCUUGACCUCAUCGUUCCUGAUGACGCUUACUUCAACAAAUUACCCAACGGAGACGAUUUGGAGAUUGGAACGACCCCCUGCCCGCACAAGGGCGGUGCGCCGACGGACUAUGAAGAGGUCUGGCGGGACAUCACAUCGAAGAGUGCACCAAGCGAGAUGUCGUGGAUUCUUCAGAGUGAAGAUGGAAACAUUUUUAUUGGAAAGGUCGGAGGCAUGUUUUUGGCUAUUCAGAAGUUCCCCGACGGCUCAUUCUCGGCUCGCCGGGAGGAUCGCAACGUUUCUAGCGCAAACUGGGAGGUUUCUUUCGAGUCUGGGGAUGUCUCAAGACUUCCACGAGCUUUUCAGGCCGUUGAGGUCAUGGAGAGAGACAGCCAAAUUUGGGCUGCAAAUCAAGAGAUCACCAUAAACGGAGGAAGUUAUGUUGUCAGAGGCGUCAGUUCCGACUGA